GCAUUGCAGAGAGAAGCAGGUCACAACCUCAAAUUACUGCAAGCUAAAGCAACCAAAGGAUACUAUCACUGCGCUCGGUCUCGUCUUUUAUAGCAGAGCUGAGCAACCGAGCGGCUCGUUAGUGUCGCAUCCCCAUUGGUUGGAAGUUCGACUGGCUGUGGACACGCCCUGCUUCGGUCUGCUAUUGGCUAUCUCUUGAUUCGCAUUCCUAUUGGUUGCUGAUACAGCGUCUCUUUCCGAGCCUAUCAUCGCAGCCGCUGCCGCUCCGCUCGAGCACUAUAUAAGCUUCGGGCGCAGUUUGGGAGUAAUUCAGUGAUUGUGGUACUGCGUUGUGCUUGGUGAGUUGCUGCCAUGUCUGGACGCGGGAAGCAAGGCGGGAAGGCUCGGGCCAAGGCUAAAUCGCGCUCGUCACGGGCUGGAUUGCAGUUCCCCGUGGGUCGCGUCCACCGCCUGCUGCGCAAAGGCAACUACGCGGAGCGAGUGGGGGCCGGCGCUCCAGUGUAUCUAGCGGCUGUGCUAGAGUACCUGACGGCUGAGAUCCUGGAGUUAGCAGGCAACGCUGCCCGUGACAACAAGAAGACGCGUAUCAUCCCCCGCCACCUGCAGCUGGCUAUCCGCAACGACGAGGAGCUCAACAAGUUGCUGGGCAAAGUGACGAUCGCGCAGGGUGGAGUGCUGCCCAACAUCCAGGCCGUGCUGCUGCCCAAGAAGACCGACAGCCACAAGGCUAAAGCCAAGUGAGCAUAACUGCGACUGAACAAAAGGCAGAUCGGACCGAAAAAAGAAACAAAAAGGCUCUUUUCAGAGCCGCCCACAGUGAUCAAAAAGUGUUGAGUCACUUCCAACAGUUCUGAUGCUUAUGAUACUUGGUAGAAACUUACAAGUUUUAAAGCGUCUGCCUUAGCUAUGUUCUUCCGCAUUCCUCCUUGGUUGUGUUUGGUUUUUUUUUUUUUUG